AUUCUUCCUCAUUAAAAUUUUCUUGGCUGUCGAAUCGAAUCGAAUCGCAAAGCCAGUACUCGUGAACGGAAUCGAAUCGUGACACCUCCAAUAAUGAAAUCUUUAAGCGUCACCUUUGUACGUGAAGAAACAUUAUUUGUACAGAAUAUAAAACCAUAAACCAAAGUGGGGUGUUUUUUUUUUUUUUUGUACGAUAAUGGAGCUUUUUUUUUUAAUUUCGUUCUGACAUCUCUGACUCCUGAUCCGGAUCUCUAGCCUUGUUUUCUAGAGCCGAUAGUAUUUGGGGGCGGGGCUUGGUCUAAGGAGGCGUGGCUUGAUCGCUAUGCCGCCUUCCACUAUGUUGUGUUUUCUGUUACUCGCAUCGCCAUCUUGUUGCAAGUCAAGUAAUGCACGUCUGAGGAAUUUUCGGAAGGACUGUAGAGAUUUUUUUUUGAACGUAAUUAUAAUCUUUAAAGAAGUGUUAAAGCUUAGUGUGCGUGAACAACCCGGUCAUCCCGCAAACACGCAACUUGCAGCGUGUGCGCGUGUGUAUGUGUGUGUGUGUGCGCGCGCGCGCGUGUGUGAUUUUUAAAGACACUGUAUCCGCUCGGUGUACGAAAUGAGUAUUGAUACUCUGCUGGAAGCGGCUAGAUAUCUGGAGUGGCAAGCAGCCCAGCAACAACAGAUUACACGUGAGGAAGAUGAGCGACGACAAAAGGCCCUCCUGUCCCGUGGAGCAGAACCCAAGCGUGUCGAAUUUGCUGCCACGUCCAUCCAGCCAGCGCCGGUCAACCACACGAUCUGGGCUGGCGAGCCACGAACAGAGCCUCGCAACCAUCAGCCACGCCCUCCAGCCCCAGCCCCUCUCCUGCCUCCACCCAUGCCCAUCACGGUCAUCCCAAUCCCUGUGGUUCCAGCUAAUCCCGCUGCGUCAGCGCUCCAUACGGCCUCCCCUAUACCGGUGGUAACUUCUCUGUCUGCAGCACUGUCCCCUCCAUGUGCUCCUUUACUCAGCUCUGUAGUGAAGGACACGCACUCGGCACCGCAGCAGCAGCAUCUUCACCAGCUUCAGCAUCGCCCCCUGGUCACCCACGUGAAGGCAGAAGGCAGCACUUUGCCUCAGUCAGGCACCAGUCCCAAGCAGCAGCCUCAGGCCCUGCUGCAGCCGUACCCUGCCCCUGUCAUCACCCCCCAGCAUGCCUUGCUGGCCCAGCCUACUCUCGCACAGCCUCAGAGUCACGUAUCGCAACCGGUCCGGCCCAACGGCGCAGCCUUGGAGGACACCCGUGGCCUGGAGGGCAAAAGGCGACCCGGAGGAGCAGGAACCAGGGAGGUGCACAAUAAGCUAGAAAAGAAUAGACGCGCGCACCUGAAGGAAUGCUUCGAGACCCUGAAGAGGAACGUCCCCAACGUGGACGAGAAGAAGACGUCCAAUCUGAGCGUGCUCCGAAGCGCCCUGCGCUACAUCCAGACGCUAAAGCGAAAGGAGAAGGAUUACGAGCAUGAGAUGGAGAAACUGGCGAGGGAGAAGAUCGCCACUCAGCAGAGACUGGCCGAGCUGAAGAACGAUCUGAGCCAGUGCAUGGACAUCGUGGAGAUCGAGCGCAUCGUCCGGCAGACGGUCCAGCCUGAAGACGACCAGGCUUCCACGUCAACAGCAUCAGAAGGCGAAGAAAACUUCGAACAGGACGCAGAAGGUGGCGCCCCGUCCUCGUCCCGCUCCUCGGCCCUGAGAUGUCAGCCGGCGCCGUCCGAGCCACGCGGCCCCGUUCUUCCGCCUCCUCCGUCCAUCCUCCCCUCCCACAUUGCCUUCCAGCACAAACCGUCCACCCCUCCACAGCCCCAGAACACAGCCAUCGCUCCUCAACCCAGCGUCAUCGCGCACGCCUCCGUCUCUCACGCCUCCGUCAUCCAGGCGGUUAAUCACGUGCUCCCGGCUGUUUCCAAACCCAUUGGUCACAUAACCGUGCACCCGGUGACCCUUUACCAACAGCCGGUGGCUGUCUCGCAGUCCCCAGUGCUGGGCCACAUUACACAGACGCUGGCGCAGCAGCCCCAUAGCCACAGCCAUGUUAACGGUGCAGCAGUGGGUCAGCAAGGCGCCGUCAUCGGAAAGCCCACGGCUGUAGUGACCCACCAUCACGCAGGUCUCAUGGGGCAGGCUGUGCUUAACCCAGUGACUAUGGUGACCGUACCGCCUUUUCCUGUCAGCACACUUAAGCUAGCAUGAGACACGCAGGUUUGUGUGUGAUGUGUGAUGUGUGAUAUGUGGCAUGUGAAGAACAUCUGGAUGGUCAGAAGAGCACAGGAUUUUGCUAUUGAUUUAGCAUCGUGAGCGUGCCUCGCGGCAUGCCCGAUCGUGGAAAUGACUCUCAUCACGUCGGCUGAAUGAGAAACGGGUGAUGCGAUUACGUGACCUUACAAAUCAUGAAACGAUGGGUGUCGGUUGUUCGCAGCGAGUGAUGGAGGUGCUAGAAACAAAAGUCUCCCCGUCUCCAAGUUUCAGUCCCGCUCCUCUGAUUAGCUAACGUACUUCAACGUCUCAGGCAUCAGUUUCUCAUCCGGUCACAAAAAAAUGGUAAUGUCAAGAAGAAAAAAAACCCCCAGAGAUGAUCGCGGUCAAUGAGAAUGCAUGAUUUGUUGCAUUAUUAUUAUUAUUAUCAGAAAAUAUUACUCAUAAUUGGGCUGACAUUUGAGAACGAGUAAAUCUAGACGUGCCUAACCCCUAGUCUAAGUCUAAUGGCGCCCUCUGCUGCUUACACAUGGUCCUGCUGAGCUUUCUCAGAAAGGACUGCCUGACUUAUCAACUUUUAGCAGCGUCAGCCGCAGGCAGCGAUAACGGGCGAUCUCUGUCCUUCAGAUACGGACUGUGAGACGAAGUGACGACAGAACGCUCAGCAACGUGGAGAGCACGGAAACAUUCGAGCCGUUAAGCACGUUUCUUCCAUUGCAGUUGUGAUGCCAAUAUUUCUUCACCACACGAUGUACCACUAAAUUUCCGAAGUCUUCUACUGGACAUGCGAUUGAUUCACUUCCGCAGAGAAGCAGGCUGACGUUGCUCCUCUAGCUCUACUUGUAUGAAUGUGAGAGCUUGUCCUUAGAUUCCUUUUCUUUUCUUUUUUUGAAAUGCCGCUUGAUGCAUGGUCAUAUUUUCUUUCUUUUUUUUUUUUGUGCGUGCGAGCUUACUUCCAGGAGGUGGUAUUCGUUGUAUGAACAUUUCUUUUACGCUUUUAAUUUAUCUGUCACUUCAGCGUUCUAGACAUCGGCGAUAGCUUUACGUGACGCUAUCUUCCCAACAUCCACGUACCAUGUAACACUCAUGUGACACAUUUCUUGUGUUGCUUCCUUAUGGUGGUACUUUUUUUUUUUUUUUUUCCCUUUUUUU